AUGCCAUCACUCGCUGAAAUCAUCUCUCUCAAUUCCCGCUACGCUGCUUCUUCCCCUGCAGCCAAAUCUCCCGUCGCAGUUUUUGUAGGCGCAACUUCUGGGCUAGGAGAGCACACAGCGUAUGCUCUUGCAAGAUACUCUUAUGAGCCCACAAUUUAUAUUGUAGGCCGUAAUGCCGAAUCUGGUGCAAGAGUCCUUGCCCAUCUCAAGGAACUUAACCCACGUACACACGCAGAGUUCUUACAACACGAUGUCACACUUAUCUCCGAGGCUGAUAAACUUGCUACAGAGAUUUCAGCCCGUGAAAAAAAAAUUAACCUGCUCUUCUUAUCUCCAGGAUUCCUCACAAUCAAUGGCCGAACUGAAUCUAAAGAAGGCAUCGAUACCAAACUUGCAGUCAAUUAUUAUGGUCGCUGGAGAAUCAUUGACAAAUUGCUCCCGUUAGUAGAGGCCGCUGUUACACCUAACGACCCGGCAGCUUCUAAUGCCCGUGUUUUAACUCUUUUGGCUCCAGGGAAUGAGGGCCCCGUCGAUGAGUCUGAUCUUGAUCUUAAGAAACAUUUCUCAUUGCGUGCAGCUAACCGUCACAUCACUGAAUUCAAUUCUUUGGCCGUCGUGCGUUAUGCUAGUACACAUCCUUCUGUUGGAUUUAUUCAUGCGGGUCCUGGUGUUGUCAACACUGGUAUUACCCGCGAGUUCCCCUGGUACAUUCGUUGGACUGUUGCUCCGUUAAUGAAGUGUUUUGCAGAUUCUCCAGAAAAUGCAGCCGAGAAGUUCUUUUAUGUGGCCGCUACAGAUCAACAAUAUCGAACAGGAUCUCACAUCAUUGACGGAGCUCACAAGUCACUCAAGGAAAGAGCAGAACAAAAGGGGUACCUGGACAAGGCUCUUCAAGAUAAGGUCUUUGAGCAUACUCAGCAAAUGUUCCGCAAUGCUUUAGCAACACAACAAUCUUAA